AUGAAAGCUGAUUUUGCUUACCUGGCGGACCUGAGAGGCCGCUCUCCCGCCCCCGACCUGGACCCUCCUGCACUGCAGACCCCCCCGCAACGGGGGCCCCGGACCCCAGGACUCAGGAGGACGCAGCCAGGACUUUCCAAAAGUUGCCGCGGGGCCUUCCGAUCCCCUCGGCCAUCUUCCAAGGGUGGCCAGGCUGAUGGGGCCCGCGAGGAUUCUCCGCACCUUGACAUUCAGAAGCUGAAGGAGAAGAGGGACGUGCUGGACAAGGAGAUCUCCCAGUUAAUAUCUGAAGGCUACAGUGUGGAUGAGCUGGAGGACCACAUCUCCCAGCUCCACGAGUAUAACGACAUCAAAGAUGUGGGCCAGAUGCUGCUGGGCAAACUAGCCGUGAUCCGAGGUGUUGCCACCAAAGAGUUGUAUCCAGAAUUUGGCCUGGACAUGAGUGACUGAGCGCAGGCUCCCAGCGCCUUGUCCACGGCCACUGGGUCGGGCGAUGUGGCCAUGAGAAGUGUGAGAGCCCAAGCAGCGCACCUCCAGGCUUUCCAGCAAGCACGUGUCAGCAGCCCUUUUCCCGUGAGCCCGCCCGAGGCAGGAGGGAGCCCGGGGAAGCAGAAGGUGUGUUUCCAGCUCCAGGACUCCCGAGUGGCCCAGUGACACCUGUGCAUGUAUGUACGUUGUCCUCUUUGUAAAUAAACAUGUAGAUAAUCUUGA